AUGUCGUUAGACAAACCGACAGUCAAUCUGAAAACCCUAGAGCAGUAUGGCAUCAACUUCUCCGAAGAUGUCUACAACCACGACAUCGCGGUACCUGAACAUGUACAACACGUGAUAGAAGCACUCUUGGACCAUGAUAUCCAAGUUCCCGAUAGCCUGCGCUCUCUUUUUGAAAAGGAGCAGCGGAGUACAAACGCAACUGAGUAUACCGUUCUUCCACCACAAUCAGCGUCUUUCUCCCUUCCGCACGAGGCCCUCGAACCCAUAAGUAGGGAGGUCAAGGCGAUUGAGGAGAAGUUUGGUAAAGUAGCAAGUUUAGCGCGUAUAGCGAGAGAAUAUCAUGCGGCAAAUGUGUCGCGCGAGACUUGGGAGCAUUUCUUAAGGUCUUAUAUCUUUCGGAGCUUUGAGGAUUCGGGUCUGCAGACCUCGAGACAUAGUAAACUUUUUGACGCUUGGACUCUAGAGAGCAACAUAUCUUGGGAAGCUGCAUCAAAGCUGAGCCCAAUCUCGGACAUUCUACAACCAACUUUUACCUACGGAUUUCCCGUGCACAUUCCGGACGACACUGAAAAGAAACCAACCGGGUUCAACUGUAAUGAGAACGUGACAAACUUCUCUCUCAACACCCUCACUGAUAUAGGACCCAUUAUCACUUGUCCUACAAACCACCCAUGGAAUUUGAAAGUACGUCUGACCAAGGGUCAAAAGCUGGACCAAAAAGAUUUGAUCUGUUUCCCAUGGGCACUCGUAGAAGUGCAAUCUGCCACGGAGACGGUUGAAGCAUGUUACUGUCGAGCUGCUACUGGAGCCUACGCUGCGUUGAGCAUACUGAAACAGUUACAACCUGCUUGGACGGCAGUGAAGGGAAUUCCGCCGGUUAUCUUCUUUACUUGCUCUGGCCCUGAGAUUCGGGCGUGGUUUUCAUUUUCGGAGUUUAAAGUUUCGAAACCUUCAACUAGAUGCAUAUGUAUAUAUGCGGGCACUCUCACAGCAACGUGGUGCAUAGCAGUCCUGCGCGAAAUUAUCCAAAACAUGACAUUUUGGGCCACAAGGGUUCUGAGGCCUCGGAUUUCAUCACAAAUAAGUUGGAUUCGACCCAUAGUCUCCGCUUCUCCAGCAUAUCCCCAUAGUCCCAUACAAUCCAGAGAAAUGCCUUUGCAAAGACCUCGAGCAUCACGGGACGGUAAUAAGUCCAAAACUGAAAUGCCGAAUCCAAACACAAUAGGUGACUCAUCUUCACAACCGAAGAUGUUCGUCUUUGGAUCAUCGUCUAGUGCUCCAGUCAAGACCGAGAAACAACAGAUCGAGAAUGCUGAUACAUCAAAACCCGAAAAGCCAACUUCGAGCAUUCAAGGCGACCUACUGUUUUCAGAGAAAGAUUUCAAGUCCUUUGGCGCUACAGUCAAGACUAAGUCACUUACCCAAGAUAGCAAUAUAUUGAAACCCGAGGCGCCAAUUUCGAGUAAUCAAAGUACCUCACUGUCUUCGGAACAGAAACUGUCUACCUUCAAGUCGUCUAAUGCUCCGAUUACGAUUAAUAAGGCAACAUAUGUCAGGUUUCGUGGGAAAAAGAUCCCAGUCCGGUUACCGAGCCAUGACGAGAGAAAGCCUCGUAGGGUGACCGAAGCUGACUGGGAUGCUAAAUACUAUUUAUGGCUCAGGGCUCGUCAAGCUAUGAUUUUAGGUCAGACUGGUUUAGGCAAUAAGCAGGACACUGGCGGUCCUGAUGGUAGCGUUGCCAAAAUUUCAGAAGGUCCUCAAACCCUUCAAGUUGGCCAAUCUAGUCAAGUCGAACGCAAUAAGGAGGCAGACAACAGGCCGGUUUCUGAAGAGAAUACACCAGCUAGUGGCAGUGGAGAAUUUGAAGGAUCGAAGAGGACUCCAGUGUUAAAUACUGAAGUACAGGAAACCAAGCAUGGUUCAUCUCAUACAUCAAAGGAUCAGUCUUUAGAGGAAUCAAAUGCCAGGGUUGACGCUGAUGAUUUCAUUGGGGAAUAUUUCGUCUAUAGAACGAACCAAUCAUUUUAUGCCAGGAGUUACGAUGCCGCGACCUGGGAAUCGGAUGGCGAAAAUGAUCCGUCUUACUAUACACCAACCUCGGGCAGUGAACCGGACUCAGAAGAUUUUGAUGAUGUUGAUUUCGGAGAUGAUGCCGACGAUGAAGGAAGUGAAAAUAUCUCUUCGCAUAGCUACGACGAUGCCUCUAUAGAAGAACUUCUCUCCGAAUUAAAGGUCGAGAAUGAAAGAUUUGACAGCCCAAGCCUUUUAACUGGGGGUGCUCCAGGAAAAAUAAGCAACCUGACUUUUGACGAUAUAGACGACUUGUUGUAUACUGCUGCCAAAGUCAUUUCCGGCGAGAGGUUCAUCCAGCUCAAUCCAAUUCGAACCUUACUCGAUAAUCUUAAAGGGGUUGAUCUUUUAGAUGCCACUUGGCGAUCUCUAGAAAACUGGGAGGGCCAAUCUCCUACUCUAUACUCAGAUCAAAUGAAAUACUUACUGGCAACAGUUCAAAAUAUCAACGAUUUCCUAGCAUGGCAAAGUGAGAACUCUAUCAACCCUUUCAAACAUCAUCAUCUCACAAGGGCUUUGAGGAAUGAUGAGCUCGACCAAACGCUGCAAAGGAUGCAAAAGAAGGGAGACUGGAGAUUGCGAGAUCUGCUUAAAAAUUCGCUGGAAAGCUGGAAUGGGGAGAAAUGUAUGGAAUUACUAAGCAAUGAAUUGCUUGCGAUGACCCCUGAGGAGUUUGAUGACAUGCUCCAGGGGGCUUUUGAUACUGUUUACUCUGCUUCGAAUUUGUUGAAUAUCAGGGGGUUGGAGGCGUAG